AUGUUUAUAUUGAUGUGCUGUGUGCUGUGUAUCAGAGACAUCCAUUCUUUCUCUCUGCUUGCUUCUGCGUCACGAAAUUCUGAAUAUCUGAUACUAUUAUAUUGGCUCCUCUCUACCAUUCAUUCGAGUACAUAUGUCUGCGCCGCGUCCAUCAGACGAAAGUCGAAGACAAUUAUGAUACGAAAAGAGACUCCUCAUCCGCUCCUCAUGACGACGAGACGACUGGUCGUGACUGACCAUAUGCGUGCUGGUUUGUUUUGUCUGUUGGAGGGAGCUGAUGGAGCAGUUAGACUGUAUCUUUACAAGUAG